UUUAUUAAUAAUAAUAGGCGACCGGUACAAAGAACUUCUGCCCGAGGGUCCGAACAAUGUAAGUGCUUGAGAUUUAGUGUUUGUACCAUUGAUCUCUUUUUGUUAUGAAAACUAAGGAAUAUCCAAUCCGUUGGCUUUUGUGGUAUAACAAGUCCAUGUGAGUUUAUUCAAAUCAGUGCUUCCUUUCAGAAUGCUUUAUUUUCAAUGAGUGAUAUUGUACAUUCAAAAUAACUUCCCUUGUCAAUAUUCUUAAUCGAAGGAAUUCGAGUUAAUAACAUCAUUGAUGUAUCCGUUCUCGUAGUUUCAUUUACAGGAAAUUUUUAACCUCUUAGUCAACAGCGAACUACAAAGCUCACACCAAGCGACCAUGGAAAGUGAAGAACAAAUUAACACCGCGGGAAACCUUGACAGCGAACUGACGAAACUCGAUGAAUUCAGAUUCGAAGGGAAUAACAACCAAAUAACACCGUCACUAAGUGAGUUUGAGUUGCGAAAAAUCAAAGAUGAACUGGGAAUGCUCGAUAGCGGCGGAGAAUUUGAUCAUUUGAGUCAACCGCUACCAUCCAUCUGCGUCGAUGGUAACACGGAGCAAGGAACUCCGUUCGAUUUUCCUUUAACAGAGGAGGAGCGCGCUUUGUUGGAACAAUGCACCAUCGGCUCGCCACGACGAUUUUCCGAUUCGCCCAGCGUGUGUUCCACAUCACUGGAACAACUAGCUGACAGCUUAAUAAAGGACUUUGAGGACAUGGACUCCGAAGAAGAGAUGUGUUUUGCACCAAAGGGAGCGGAGAGCGUUGAAGAAGGAAAUGCAUCUGUUGACCAUGGGUACUCUCAAGGACCAUUUGGCAUGAAAACUUCGCCGGUACAGAAGGAAAAUUUAGAAUUCGGUCAAGUAAAGGAAAGCCAAGACUUCGAAGUUUCAAAACCGAGUGAAGAUAACAAAGGAAAUAUGAAUGAACCAAAGCAAGGUAGUCCUAAAUCAAGUGAAAACUCAAUUUCCCAUCAAAUCAAUCGAAACAUGGACACGUGCUCGAGUUCUGCUUCAACAUCUUCGCAAAACGGACAUUUCUCCGAGGGCACGUCCCGAUCUCCUUCGAUAGACUCUGAUUCGCUUCCGGCCUCGAUUGAUUCCGGACUUCCAGUCAAAGACGUUCACAUCCCGCAGCACAACUACUUUGUUGUGGUGGCAAUAGACUUUGGUACAACAUUUAGUGGCUAUGCUUUUGCGUUUACACGGGAACCCGAAAGCGUUCACAUGAUGCGGAGAUGGGAAGGAGGAGACCCGGGAGUAACAAAUCAAAAAACACCGACAACUUUGCUUUUAAAACCCGAUGGCAGUUUCCACUCUUUUGGAUUCGGUGCGCGGGAUUUUUAUCAUGAUCUUGAACCGGACGAUGCGAAGAAAUGGAUGUAUUUUGAGAAAUUCAAGAUGUCUUUGCAUUCAAACAAGGUAAUGCUUUUAUUAUCUGCUUACUCUCUUUGCAAAACUGCCAUUUAUAAAAUACCUGAAAUAGCUGUUUAUUUUGGUAUUGAUUUAGGUUUUUCUGUUUGCAGUAUAAACACAUGAACGGUCUUUGAUCUUUUACCUGGUUCGGCCUGCCAUUGGACACUUUUAGUUGCAUAUAAUCAGCAAACUAUGUCAUUUCGAAUUGUUAGGUAUCUUGGCAAUAUCCUAUUUCUUGAAAAAAUAAAGCAUUUGUUUCGAGUUUGUUAAUGGAUACAAAAACUUUUUUACUUUUUAAAAACAAAACCAUCUGAAAAUGCACUACUUUUAAGGCGCUGAGAUGUCAAAAAUGUAUUCUUACAGCAUGAACGCGAGCUUCUAGUUUUGCAUGUUGAUAAUGAAAACUGAGAUAUUGCAAUAAGUUAUUUAAUGUUUAUGAUUCGAGGAACGCCAUAAAAUAAAAUAUUAAUGAGAAGUGGCGGGGCAUAGACAGGAUUUCAAAAGUCAAGACCUUGUUUUAAAGAUGGUGUUUACUUCCCACAUAUUAAGCUAACAACUAUAUCUACAAGCUGUCUUUCUUUGUUCAAUUCUUUAUUUAAAAGGGACUAACAGUUACAUAAACAACCAUCAUAGCUGAGGCAGUCAACGAAAGACGACCUUUGUCGGUUUUAUAUUCUACCGGCUCCGAUUGUCAGGGGCACCCAACGAGAAUAUUGUUGAAAACCACUUAAACAUAGCAUUGUUAACCGUAUUUUAGUAUUUAUACGGUAGAUACAGGCAUAUUUUUAUCCCCUAAAAAUUUUUCAUCUGUUCGGAUUUCCUAGCUGAAAGUCUAGUGAUCCGAAAAUUAUAGGGAUCAAAACUUACUUUUUCGAAAAUUUCAGCCAGAAAAAAGGCUUCCGAAAAUUCUAGGUGACCUUUUAGGGGUAAAAAUCCGUUAAAAAUGGGCAAUUACAGUAGUUUUUAGAUGUUCGAAAAUCCUAGGAGAGGCAGGCAAGCAAGAAAUUUUACAACAAAUGUUCCGAAAAUUCUAGAUCUCAAAUCGUCCUCCGAACAGAUAUUUUCCAAAAAUUGUCGCUGGUUGCCCCUGGAUUGUGACGAGGAUCUAAUAUCCCAUUGAAAUGAUCUGCAUUAUCUAGUGUAACUAUCUAAAAGAUGCAGUGAUGCCUAGAUUUUUAAAAACAAAUUCUCUUCAUUAGAACCAGCAGUUUUAAUGUACAAAUGCAAUGCAUGGGAUAUAUACUUGUUUAUAUAAAGGUUAUGAAAGAAGAAAAAAACAACAAGGGGACCUAUAAUAAUAAACUGUAAUGUACUUUUUCAACCUUUUCUCUGUCAAAGGAUCUUCACAGAGAUGUAGAAAUAAAGGCCGUUAACGGCAAGUCAGUUAAGGCAGUGAAAGUUUUCGCGCAUGCUCUGAAGUUUUUCAAGGAUCACGUGUUAGAAGAGCUGUCUGACCAAUCAGCAACCAGGAUUCUAGAAGAAGACAUUCAAUGGGUUCUAACUGUUCCGGCCAUCUGGAAGGCGCCCGCGAAACAAUUCAUGAGAACAGCGGCUUACGAGGUGAGUUAGGCUAUGUUCGUUCUAUGCCGGAUAGCUCUUGCGCCUUACAAAAACCCCAUAUGGGAUAGAGCCUCUGUUCACACAUAUGAACGGUGAUUUCGGCGCGAUUUCUGUUACCGAGCAAAGCAGCGUCCCUCCGAUCUUGAAAGCAUCAGAUAGGUUCUGUGCCACACUUAAGUCCAAUGUGAACGGGCAUUCGGACCAUAGCGGAAGUAAAUAAGUAGGAGCGAGGACUGGAAUCCACUGAGACGGAAGUAAAUAUUCAAGAGCUGGGACUGGGAUGUAGUUUACCGAACCCGUUCGGCAAACCAGUCCGUUACGAUGUUAGAUGAGUGUGAAUGACUUGCUCGAGUUCGAUCAGUGGCGUUGCUGUCCGGCGGUACUCCCAUAUAAAAAUGACGGAGAUGCUUGUCGUCUCGCUUUAUGGGUGUAAACUGCAGAUUAUGGUCUCACUUGGGGUGUUUGGGACGGAAAGUCACUCUUUCAGGUAUCGGUUAGGGUUGUGCGUAAAGAAAAACUAGAGAUUCAUGACAAUGCUUUUGAGAUCUUAUAAAAGAUGAAGGCAUUCUAUGUUAACAUCCUCAGCACAAUAAUAAACACUCUUCACUAGCUCUUACUUACUUUUUAGAUGUCUGUUUUAGGGUAGUCUCCUUGAGGGGUCAGUUUAAGCUUGAGCCACACCCACAUUGGUCUCCCUUAACCUUAGGGGUUUAAUCAAAAAUAAAACUCAAACAGCGGUAAUAAACAUUGCGAGUUUUCGCAUUUUUAUGAACUCGACGUUUCCUAUGCUAUUCAACAUACAUUUCCAAAAGUUAUCUUAAGUGAACGUUAAAGAAAAUGACGAGACUAUAUACUCAAAAAUUACAAGGGUCUGGGAAUGAGAUUAGGGGUUUAAUUUUAAAGUUCCGAGAAUCCCCGUCGCUUUUAUAUGGGAGUCCCCCGCGCGAUGCUGUUCAUACAACCCGGAUAGCUGUUCUAAUAUUUGAGUUGCCGAGGUACCGCAAUUAAUCGCUUAGGGUUCUGAUUAUAUAAUUUAUUUCUCUUUUGAAUUUAUUAAUCACAUUCCCCGCUUUACCUUGACAUCAAAGUUACCUUUGCUUUUACUUUGUUGGUAAAUUUAUUUGUCAUUUGCAACAAUAUUUAUAUCAAGACCCACAUCAAGUUUACUGAUAAUUUGAAGAAGGCUCAGAAGAAGUGAGGGGGAAAAAAGCCAGAAUAAUAAUAAUAAUAAUAAUAAUAAUAAUAAUUUCUUAUUCACAUUUUAUUGACUGGGGCCACAGCAUUAGGUCUCCGCGCCACAGUUGAAAAAAGACCCUUCCCCAGUUUUUUCGACUUUUGACAUGGACCAGUCAGUGAACAAACAGCUGAAAAGGGGUCAUAAACGUUGUAGAAUUGCCAAGUUUGAGAGAUUGAUUUUUUGAAAAAGAACGGAGAACUAGCUUGGAGGGGGAAGGGGAAGGUGUUCACCAACUUGCCAAUGGAGAUUUAGCUUGACAUUUUGUCCUGAUUUUUUAGCCACUGCUAAGAAUUCAGGCAUACAGACAGAUCCUGACGAAUAACAUGAAAAAGUGUCCCACUGGACUUGGAAACCGUAUGCUCAUCUUUGUGUGAGCGUAAACAAGUCUGUAGUCCCCCAGGAUGUUCAAAACCGUACUGACCACCCCCUUACUAUUAAAUUGAUUUAUCAUUAAUAAUGCAUUCAAAGUGAAUAGUGAAUAGUUCAGUAAAUAAUAAAUACUUCAGAGCACUUUUAGAUAUCACUACACUCUGUUUCCUAAUCAGUAAAAAAAACACUAUCGUUGAUGACUAUAGAAGCACAAAGCGAAUCAGUAGUUUGGUUAAAGACAAAUUAAGAGUAGAUGAUGACACAUUUGAGUCGCCUAACCCUGAGCGCCAUUCUAUGUCUAGCUGCGUAGUUGAAAGGAAUCGUUCUUAGUUUUCGGUUUACUUUAUAUUUCCUGUACGAUAUUUUAACAUAGGUUGAUUACUUGCGGCCCAAAGUGUGAGCAUCCUUGCGGUGUUGUGGAAAAGAAUAUAAAGCGAUCGAUUCCGUCGGCCAAAGUCGUAAGCCGUGGACAUCAUGCUAUCAUGCUACAAAAUCGAGAAACGCAACUUUAAAUUCGGGUGAUCUAUACUCUUAAUGGUUCGGGGCAAAACGUUGAAAAGUUAGUCCGCCGUUGCAUGUACACGUGGUUAGUUCGAGCGCGAAAAAUGUUUUCGGUCCAAUUCGUCGGCCAUCAAAGUUGUCACCACACUCUUCAUAUGAAGUAUUGCGACGUUGUGCGAGCGUGUCUCCAUUCCAGUUCAAACAUCAGUGGGUGCACCGAAAAACUGCGUAGGCUAUAGUACAGGUUAUUUCUCCAAGCUAAGCUGUUUGAUAAAUCGUUUUGCAACAUCUUAAACUUGUGCAAGAAAAAAACGUCUCUUGUAAUCGUUUCAUCUGCUAGUUAAAGUCUCCCUUGAUUGCGGCUGCCGAGUUUUUAACGUUAAUAUAUGGGAAGCUGUUAUCUGAGAACAUUUUCUUGAGAAGAUAGAUUUCUCCAGCAAUCACCACAGCAAUUGAGCCUAUUGCAAGACACUCAAACACCACCAUGGUGUAUCUAUCUGUUCCGUUAAAGAGACAGCGCAGUUACUGCCAUUUGAAUCUUUUACGUGCAAUGAGUAAAAUUUGGACGUUUUCCAAUACAAGGUUGACCAAAAUGAAACCUCAAAGUUGCAAAUUAAAACCGCAUUUUUACAUCUAUUUAUUUACUUUUUUUCUAGUUUCUUAUUACAUCAUUAACAUAACUGUCGAAAAAACACUGGCUGGAAUACUAUAGGAAAAACUCUAAAACUAACUGAAACUGAUUCGCAUUUUGUGGCUUCUUGUUCGUCAGAGACCUUCUCAAAAUUGGCCCUACAUUAACGAGGUUUGACAAAUUUAUAAUCGGGUGAAAACAUGCACAACACAGCAAAUAGAAAACUUUUAAUUAGUAUUUUUAUCAUUUAAGCAAGGGAAAAAUUCUUUCGAUUUAUUUGACAGCUUCACACACAAAAGAACGCGUAACUGUUGAAUAUGCAGAACUCGCUCAGAAGAGCUUUUGAACUAACAAAGGACGGUGUCAUGUGAUUGGAAUAAAAUGCGUAUUUUGCAAUGAUAACAGUUUACUUUGACAGUUCUUUGGUUACGUUCUACAACCAAAAGUCCACCUAACGUGUCCGUAUACCUCGAUUGUCCCUAUCUAAAGUUAUUAAGAGCUGAGCUCUCUCACCUCGAAUAAAAGGUGUGAUUGUAUUAUUUGUCACCAAACCUGAGAGUGUUUUGCGCGAUGAUCGUUGCAAUCAAUGUGGGCUUGUGCUCCGUGAUCUGGACGCAGUCCUCUUUCGCUCUUAGGGGCCUCAUUUUAGUUUAUGACCAGUACUAAAAUCAUUUAGUCAACAUAUUGCCUUUCUAUGAAGAUUACACGUAUGUUAUGUAGAAUAAACAUUUUGACGAGCACUCCUUCGAAGUGAUUGAUGAAAAGCUCCUCUUCUACCAGAAGUUCGUAUUUAAAAAACCGUCACUACAGUUUGAUCCAGUUUGUCUGUAACAUCUAGCUCCAUCCGCGAGUGACAAGAUGUCUGCUUCGCGUCGAUGCGUUUCACUUUGUCGAGCUUAUCAAAGCUAAAGCCUGUCCUCGAGAAAAAAACAACUGACCAGGCGGCAAGUACGGCAGUUCCUCUCCGUUGCAAAUUUUCUUCAAGAGGUAACCUUCAACAACUACGACGACCGCAAUUGUAGCAGCGACAAAAAUUUCCACGAACACCAUGCUGUCUUCUUUAGCAACUGCUCCCAGAUUUAACCAAAUGAAAAAAACGAGCUGACUGAUUCAGUCUUCACUCGACUCGAAAACUUGUUUACCUGAAACUCUUGUAUUUUUCUAUUAUUUUUGUGGUUGGAAUUAAGCCACUUUUUUGGUCACCUGCUCAGUAUCAUAAUUAACGUACGGAUAUGAAAGAGUGCUCCCCCACCCCCCAAGAAAAACACAUUCAUCACGAACGUAAACAUGUCUCAGUGACGUGUUUGUGAACAUAUUUUAUUUCCAGCUUCAAUUACGGGGUUUUACGCAGGAGUAUUAGUUUUUUUAAUCAAGGAAAUUCGUCCAGUUCUGUGGUGCUACUUUCAACUCGAGAGAGUCUCUUCUUUAUUUGCUGGUAUUGAAAUAAAUAUUUUUGUUUUGCGAUUUGCCCAGAUAACAAAUAUUUACACAGGAACCAUGGACAAGCAAUUGUUAGCUAAAAAAAUGAAAACCUCAAAGGCAACAUUAAUGAGUGUAAUGGUUACAGAUUUUGAAUGAUGUCUUGAGGGGUGAAAACUUAGGAAUAGUCGUUUUCAAGAACCACAGUCAAAAGCGAUAAUCCAUUUUCCAAUCGAUACAUGUAUAAUGAGUUUUCCCGCAUGCGCAGUGGAAAGGGAACUUAAUAAUUUAUCUAAUGAAUUUAUGUGACUGCUAUUUUAAGUUUAAGCAGUAAUUACUUUUUACGUUAUCCUCAAUUUUCAACAAAAAUAAACCUCAAUUAUUGAUUUCUACCCAAAAAAUACUUUCUCAAAGUUGCCUUUUGUUAAGUGACUGGUAUGAGCAAAAUUUUUUGAUGGAGUUACAAAAUAACAUAAAACAUUCACUUCUUUUACUUUUUCUUUAUUGUAUGUUAUUUUCCCUGCGUUUCACCAGUAACACCAUUAAAAUUAGCCUCUACAGGGAUAAUCGAAAACAGAGCCGGAAAACUCAAGCCAUAAUUAUAUACGUGACGAAAUACGAAAACGACGUGAUGGAAAAUGCUACGCUGUCAACAUUUAUUAUUCUAGCUGAGGCAUUUUAUCAAUAGAUGUUGUCUAUCCCCUUUUGCGCACAUGCAUUCGCCUUAUGUCUUAUUAGAUGUCUUCCUAAUAGAUACUGGCAAAUACAUAGAUAUAACCAUAAAAACAGCGAGUGUUCACGUAAACGUUCUCUUUAAUUAAUUUUAAUUUUGCCUCGGAAACUGUUUACAUUACUCAUAUUUGUAGUGUUCCACAUUAAUGUCCAUGUUAUAAACAGUGUCUCACUUAUGUCAACUAAUAUCCUUAGGCUUUAUUUGACGUUUUAUACACCAUUCAACUUGCAAUAAUUGCUCAAUGUUCUUGACAGCACACAGGAUGACUUGAAAUGUCCUAAAAUUCCACACAAGCGGAUAGCGAAGCUUAGGUAUAACUUCUAUUUAAACUUGUUUCCCUCUAAAAAAUACGCCCCGUGCAGGUUAAAUACUUUAUCAAAUAAAGGAUAAAUUGUGCAGGUAAAAUCAAUCAAGCCAUCCAUCUCUGCUUCGGCUUCGUUUACAAGAGAUACGACCCAUCGCCAGCCAAAUGGUAUUUUGAGUUUAAAUGAACGCGGUAAGCUUUCCCCUCACAAAGUUUCUUGAGCAUAUAGACAUCAAGAAGCGUCAGAGCUGUAAACGUCCCUAGCACCACUAUCUCCACCACGACCAUGUUGAAGAUAAUCUUUUUCCUUGUAAGCUUCCUCGGCUCAUUUAUCGUAGAUAUGCGUCUACGAACCUAAUUUGUUCAGUGUUGAUAUAAAGAAAGGUAAGGAAACGCUUAUGUUUAAUCAACUCGCUAAUGGCCAAUGACGCACUUGUAAAAAAAUACUUGAUAUUUGGCAGAGUGCCUAACAGGUGGAACUGGAAAUAGAGAAACGCUCCUCUCUGAGAUUAAAAGGAUGAUUUACAAGAUACAUGAAGUAAUACAUGCAAAGAAGAAAAAACAGACGAAUGAAUGUCAUCUUUUUCAGAUCAUCUUAUUAGAAAGAUAAUAUGACAAAUUUGGUUUUAAAUCUCAUGAAAUGAAAAUUUAAAGGUACUAGUUUAUCUAAUUAACCGCUAAAGACUUUCAAAAUAUAAGUCGCAAAAUUGAAUUUAGUAAACAUGCUAUGUUAUGAUAUACGUACAUUGUUGUUCUUUCACGAAUCCUAAAACAGUUGUUCAAAACUAAGAAAAAACUUUUGACACUCAUCAUUUUAAGUCAGGCUUUGUGGCAUUUUGCAUUUUACUCCUUGAACUGAGUGAAUUGGAGAGUGUUCGUCACACGUACAAGUAACUUCAUAGCUAUAGAUUCCUACAAAAUUCUCUACAUCUUUGAUAGACAAAGUGUUAGGUUACAUAUCCUUCUUACCGAAGACGUCAUUCUAUCUUUCCCUUAUUAGAGCUUCUUAGCUAGUCUUUCGAUGUAAAUGACCCUAACAUCUCACAGAGGUGAUUUUAGACCUAAUUUUCGCACAUCCGCAAUUGAAAUGCAACUUAUAACUUCUUUAAACCAUUAACGAUAAUGCAUAUAAUGUAACUGAAGUUCUCAGUAGCUCUUAGCGCUGAAAUCUCCACAUCAAGAAAUGUCGCGCGUGAAGAGUUCAUCUAGCAAAGGCAAAGUAAGGGACUGUCAAGGGCGGAAACUGGGCAGGCCGUUCGCCAUCUUCGUCUUGCUCUCUCCGUUGUCCAAAGCAUUGUUUUAACAAAUAGAUAUCCAGGAUGCUCAAGCCAGCCACGAUUACUCCGAGAAAUACAGCUGUAACCACCAUAAUAAUUAAACUCCAAGCUUUUGCUUUUUCAGUUCUGCAUGUGAACAAUUUAAACUGAGCUGAAUGCACAACAUCACGCUCCAGUAAAUAUAAUGAAAUUGCUAUUCUUUGACUAGAUGGUUGGAAGGCUUCCAAAAAAUAUUACCACCUGUAAAAAAAAUGACAUGCAAAAUAGUUAUGCAUAUGGCGAUCUUCAAAGUUUGUGCUCAAUCCUUGACUUUUAUCACAGACAAGAUAUAUGAUUCCAGUAAAUGAUGAAAUAAAGAGCUUUUGCCAAAAAAUUUCCAACUAGAACUCAGAAAUUUUUUUUCUGAGUUCUUCUCUUCACACAUAUAUUUAUUACAUUGUAGUUAGGCUGAAAAAAAAAAACACUGAAAUUAGAUUAAAUGCUGACAAUUCCAGAUUAUAAGAGCAAAAACCUUUUUUGCCCUCAAUAAUCUCCAGUCUAGAUUUUUUUAUACGAAAUUAUAACGGUUAGAAUUAAUUAAGCGAUUAGAAUGGCCAAUUCUUGGAAUUAUAUUCAGGACACUGGAGCUUUAUCUCUUAUUAAAGAGCAAAAAAAGAUUGGCCAACUUCGUUGUUACAGGGUUGCGUUUUUCCUUUUUACCACUUCUUUGCAACAGUUUCGUUUUAUUUAAUUAUUUCAUCUUGUUUUGGCUUGUUUGGCGGCUUUGAAGAUCAAGUAUUCUGAAAUAUUGUAUCUCUUGCUUUCUGGAAUCUAUGCCGUACGUAUGGAUUUCUGUUGUUUUCUUAAUAUAGUCACCUGUAAAAAUUGAUAUGUAGUUCAGUUACGCAUGCGGGCAAAUCGCAUUUGCCUGGAGGUCAUAUGCAGGUGAAUUAGUAGUUUUUGUUUUUCAAAGAUCAAUUUUUGCCAAGUUCGCAACUUUCCCUACAGUUUUCCCACAGGCUAAAAAGUACUCAUCCGUUCUCGUUACGUAAGUUGGAACUGACUAACCUUAUAUCACUGAAAAUAAAACCCCCUUAUAUGUUGUAUCAAAAAUAUGUCAUUAAAAAAGUAAAAACAGGGAAAGAUUUUCCGCAUUCAGGCUAAUAAUUCGCCCCAUGUAAGGAAUUAUUAAAAUAUUAAAUUUGCUUGUAUGAAAUCCGUAAUAUCGAAUCCAAUAAAAUUUUUCCGGAAUCCUGGGUUCUAGAAUCCGGAAUUCCACCAACGAUCGGAAUCCAGAAUAAAAGUUCCACUGAAAUCCAGUAGCUGGAAUCUGGAAUCUAUGGCGUGAAAUCCAGAAUCCAAGACUGUCUUGGAUUCUCUUACAUGGCGUGAAAUAUUACUCAUGAAAUAAGUUAGUUCAGUACCAAUUAAGAAAUGGUAAACGUGCAGCGUGCAACCAUGGAGUUAUGGAUGCACGCGAGAGCUUGCUAAGCACGAAAGAAGCCACGAGGCGAUAGCCGAGUGCAACUCUAGCGGGGGUUUUCGAGUUCUUAGCAAUCCUCCCAUUUGCAUCCAUAACUCCAUGGUUGCACAGCUGCAACGUUAACAGAACAUACUAUGUGCUUAAGUUGCAAGCUAUCUGCUUACCUGCAAGCAAGCUGUCUAUCGAGCAAACCUCUUUAGAGUUAGGAAUUUCCCCUCAGUCAAUUCCACGAUCCAUUGCAUUGAAGCGAAUAUAUUCUUAAUUUUUUUUCACUGUUUCGUGCACAAAGUUAAAUUCUGCUUUAUCAGUUUAUCACUUGACGUAAUUUCUCAUCCGAUACUUGUGCCUUUGUCGAAGGCCGCAACACAAACUUCCCACGUAGUAAAGAUGAAAUAUUGUUACUCCAGCUACCACAAGUACAGUCACCAGAAUGGCAACAGAGAACAUCUUUGCCCACAGGGAACCUUGAUUAAACGUUCGUGAAGCGUGGGCGUAUUUUCCAUUUAGAUUUUCGCUUCAGAACUCGUUCUGUAUCUCGGAAAAUCCUUGCAGAUUUCAUUCAAUUUUACUAUUUUGUUUCUAAAAAGCUCUUAAAGGUGCGACAAUUCCUUCGGUUAAAUGAAACGGGUAGUUUGUUUUAGAGGUGUGCUGGUCACUUAAUUAGCGGAAUUAUAAGAAACACGUUUGCAAAAAUUCAGCCUACGAAUGCUAAUUUAUAUCAUUAGAACUCCUGCAAACUAGGGCAGGUAUGUUUAAUGUGCCAUUUUGAAACUCGUUUAUUAUUUAGCAGGAGAAGUUGUUGAUUUACAUAGUGCUUAUUACCUGCCUUAGUAGCUCUUAGUGAAACAACAUACAGGUUUAUUUAGAAACCGUCCUCAUAUAAUAAUGUUCAUGUGCCUUUAAGACCCUCUGGUGCAUUUUCUGGUACUUGUAUUGAGAGAGUGCCACAUAAUGUACGUUGCCAAUUUUGCUGACAAUUUUGCUAACAAGACUUGUUGUGCUAGCUGGGAAAAAGUUUGAUUUUACGCAUGCACACACACCAUUACACAUGCAGUUACCCGAAGUCCCUUUUUGAGAGGGUCUUUGAUAUGAACUAAUUUUCAUGCAAAUAAAACUUAAUUGCCAAGUUUAGUAUUACUGAAACAGACCUAUGUUCUCGACUUUUUGAUCGCUCUUUUGGUUGUUAUCUUGUUUUCUGCUCUUUGCUUUUAUUAGUUCAACUUCUUCUUAGGGGUUUUUUGACAUUGUUGUAAAGACGGUUUCUUCCAUCAUAGUAGGAAGACCGAUUCGUUUUCUUUAGAUUUCGCAGUGUGUAGAUUUACUCGUAACCGGAGUGUCUCCCUAAAGUUUCCAGUUAUAACAACCAAAAAUCUGUGGUCGUUUUUCUUUUCUUUUUCUUCUUUGGAACGCAGCGGAAGGAAAAAAAUCAAGAAACUUCAUGAGAAGACAACGUAAUGCAGAAGCGUUCCUUGAACAACGGAAAACAUUAAGCCUCUUGCUUGAUGCACCUUGCUAAGCGUAGUACUAAAGACAACUUCCCAAACGAAACUGUGUCCUUUUUCAUUAUUACAGGCUGGCCUAACCACAAAAGAUUCUCCAGACCGUCUCCUCAUUGCCUUAGAACCGGAAGCAGCCUCGAUCUAUUGUCGGAAGUUACGUUUGCGGGACUGUGCAUGGGCAGAGGAGACAAAACGGCGUUCUACUGUAUCUUCACAAAUGGAUGCAUUGGUCGGAGAUGAAUUUCAAGGUACUUAUUUGAACAAAAAACAAAUGACCACCCACCCACUCAGUGAGGAGCGCUUCAAAUAACGUUCUCAAGAGGAUAAAACCUGACCACUUUUUCUUUUUUUCCCUUUCCCUUUUUUUUAUUUUCUACUUUAUCCUUUUUGUUCCGUCCCUACUUUGUUUCGCUUACCUCCAUCAGACACCAUCUUUCAACCUAUAACGCGUCAACAGAAAAUAAUUUACUCUCUUUUGAAAACAUCAACCCGCUGCAGAACCGCAACCUCUUUCCCAUGGUUUUUACCCUUAGAAAGUGAGAGUCCCAUGGUAGACCCGUUCUUUUUCUGGCACCGCGGAGAUCAUAAACUUUUCCAUUUUCGAGAUAAGCUUAUGCCGUUAUUCACUUCUUUGUAGAGCGUAAUUUUUGACCGAGAAGUAGUUAUAAAAAAGUAUUUAUUUUGUAGUAAAAGAAAACAACAACGAGACUGAAAACUUGCAUGUUUUUAAACUUUAUUUUGGCAGGUAUGUUGCAAAACAAAUUUCUGUGAAAAGUGGAAACAGUAAGGAACACGGACACUCAAGAUCAACACGCCGGCAGCAUGAGAGCACGUUAAGCAUGUACACAGCAAUAUUCCCUGGGAAAUGGAAGCCAUGGACAGCUGUUUCUCUGGGUUAUACCUUACUGAUGAGUCCUAACAAGGACGAAACAUGUACAGCUAGCUGCCAGUGGCUGCUACUUGCCGGGUAAUAUGGCUGUGCUCGUGCAUAAUGUACCAGUUAUGGUGCGGGAACCACGUGGUUGGUGUUCGAGUGUGUCCCUUGCUGCCUGUCAGUUUUAAAUUUCUUAUUUAUUUGACGUUUCACUGAGAUAAACAAGCGUGAUAAAGAAGCAAAAAGGUAACUGUUACAAAAAAAGUUUGAUCGUCUAGGCAGGGUAAUGGUUUGUACGUGUACUUUGCUCACGCAUUCUAUUUUCCUCCAGGGAACACGCGUUAUUUGGUUGUCGAUUGUGGCGGCGGCACUGUGGACCUUACGGUGCAUGAAUUAGACGCCCAGACGGGUACCUUGCAAGAGCUCCACAGGGGCACUGGAGGGGCCUGUGGAGCCACUGGCGUCGAUGAACAGUUUGAACUUCUCCUAAAGAAAAUUUUUGGCAAAGACUUUAUUGAACAGUUCAAAAAUAAGCGGCCUGCGGGAUGGGUCGAUCUUAUGAUAGCUUUUGAGGCAAAGAAGAGAACUGCAAGCCCAAACAAGACAAACCCACUAAAUAUCUCAAUACCUUACUCCUUCAUUGACUAUCACAGGAAACAUAAAAGCUCCAGUAUUGACUCGGUUGUGAAGAAGUUUGGAAAUCCAAACGUGAAAUGGUCUUCGCAGGGAAUGUUGCGAAUUGCUCCGGAGACCAUGAAAGAACUUUUUGAUCCUGUUCUGACUGAAAUUGUUCAGCAUAUCAACAACCUUAUUAGCAAAGAGAAUGUCCAAGGACUAAAUUUUCUUUUCCUCGUUGGAGGGUUUGCUGAGUCCCCGUUGCUUCAAACGACUAUUCGCGAAGCCUUUGACUCGAAAAUGAGGGUAAUUAUUCCACAAGAGGUCGGGCUGACAAUUUUACGAGGUGCUGUGCUCUUCGGGCUCGAUCCUACAGUCGUGCAAGUUCGGAGGGCGGCAAUGACCUACGGAGUGGGAGUUCUCAAUCGGUUCGUCAACGGAAAACACCCGAGAAACAAGCUCGUGAAAAAAUCGGGCGUGGAAUGGUGCACUGAUGUUUUUGAUAAAUUUGUGACUUCUGACCAGCCAGUAAAGCUUGGUGAGAUUGUUACCAGACGAUACGCGCCUGCCAGAUCAGGAAAAACUUCAACAACCAUCACGAUUUAUUCCACCCAGCGUGAAAAUGUUACUUUUGUUACGGACCAAGGAGUGAAGAAAUGCGGUCAGCUAUUAUUGGAAAUGCCUGUAGUAGACGAUUACGAUUUCAACAAACCAAGAGAAUUGAAGGCGUGUAUGAUUUUUGGUGGCACCGAGAUUAAGGUUACAGCAGUGGACAUUUUGUCCGGUAAAGAAGCAAAAGCAAGCAUUAAUUUCCUGUCCGUAUAA